CAUUAACAAACCAUAUUCAUUAGAAGCUCAAUACUAUUGCAUACCAAUCCCUCGAGCAACUUUUCUUUCCAAAGACCUUCCUUAGCCGUAUCAAUCGACUUUCUCUCUUGUCCGCAUUUCCUCUCACCAUCAAUACCAUGUCCCCCAAACUCCCCAUCAUCAUCCUCGGCGGCGGUAUUGUAGGCCUCACCCUCGCCCAAGCCCUCAGAAAAGCGUUAAUCCCCUUUCAAAUCUACGAGCGCGACCCCUCCCUUGCCACCUCCGACGGUGGCUGGGGUAUAACUGUGCACUGGGCUCUUGCAGCCCUCGAAUCUUGCCUGCCACCCGAUCUCUUCGCCCGCCUCAAAGACAUCCAAGUGGAUCCACAGCAAGGGAUUAAAGAUACGGGUCGCUUCCUAUUCCUAGAUCUAGCCACUGCAGAGCCUCGCUACGUCAUCCCGCCGAGCAAGCGCAUGCGGAUUAGCCGCAAGAAACUAAGGGCGCUGUUGACGGAGGGGCUGGAGGAGGAGAUUCAUUGGGGCAAGAAAUUCACUUCAUUUGAAACUAUGGAGGAUGAGGUCGUGGUGAAGUUUGAAGACGGGACGGAAGUGAGGGGCUCUCUGCUUGUGGGUGCGGACGGAAGUGGUAGUCGUACCCGGCGGGCGCUGUUGGGGGCAGAGGAAGCAAAAUUGUAUCAGCUACCUGUGCGGUUCAUGGGCGUCACGGUGCGGAUGACGCCCGAGGAGGUGAGGCCGCUGAGGGACAUCGAUCCGCUGCUCUUCCAAGGGUGCCAUCCAGACACGGGCGCUUACCUGUGGUUUGCCAUGCUGUCUACGCCUGAGGUUAACGGGUCGAGUGGCGGAGGGGAGUAUUACGAGGGACAGCUUAACUUGUCGUGGCUCGUGAAAUCGGCAGAGGAUGAAGUGCCGGUGACGGCGAGAGCGCGGGUGGCGAAGAUGAAACAGAUGGCGCAGCCAUUUGAAAAGAGAUUGAAAAAGGUAGUAGAUGGCAUUCCGGACGACUCUGAAGUCUUGGAGAUCAAGCUGCAGGACUGGCCGACGAAGAAGUGGGAUAACAGGUCCGGUACUGUCACUUUGGUAGGCGAUGCCGCGCAUGCUAUGACUAUGUACCGAGGGGAGGCGUUCAAUCAUGGCAUUACGGAUGCUGCAAGGCUCAGCGAGAGACUGGCAGAGGCUGAUCUCAAUGGAGGUUCAUUUGAGGAUGCAGUCAAUACAUACGAGGAGGAACUGAGAGAGAGAACAAACCCGGCAGUGCUUUGGAGUCGGCAGGCGUGUCUGGAUGCUCAUGAUUUGAACAAUCUGAAGCCAGAUAGCCCGUUAGUGAGCCGGAGAACUAUCUUGAAAAAGUAAGGGUACGGGGUUGAGUUUACAGGCAGGAUCUCUCGAACAAAGAUGGGGCAGUUUACGAAUCUAGAAUUUCCUACGGCUCAAUUUCUGCUUCGCUUCAACGGUCAAGAUGAUUGCAGGGUCGGAGUGGGCGUCUUGCAAAGCUCUCGUGGGUCGCGCUCAAUCUGUUGCGAGGAAACGUGAUGCGUAUUUGGAUGGCUUACUCGACGAUUUAUGAGCGUAAGAGGAUGUCUGGACUAGCUUCUGGUUCACGCCCUGGAAUCCUUUACUUGGUGUUUGCAAAAGGUUAGCGCGGCCAUACAACGUUAGACCGGUGUGCACACUGCAGCAAAUCGAAGUUCAAAAUAUCAGAUAUCCC